AUGAAGCAAAUAUCUAUCAUCAAUCUUCUGGCCGCCUUCAGUACGGCUGCGGCCGGUGCCGCUCUCACAGCCCAAGGCAAUUGCGGAGAGACCGAGCAGCGUGUCUGCUAUGGUGUCGACAGCGGCGUCUCCCAAGAUGUCAACCUCGACGACGUUCAAUAUGCUGCCGACUACCUCCGCUAUCUAGGCACAUCGAACAAGGGCCUCGACGCCAUGUGGAAGAUGCCUGCGGCCGUCGGUAACUGUGACGAAUGGCAGUUGCCCGUCGACUACCCCGGCACUGUUCUCUCCCUCGCGAAGCACAUCGUUCCGCGGUACGCUGCUUACGUCCUGUACACCGACAUCGCUGAUGCUAUCGAUGGCGGCGAGACAGCUUCCGCUGCGCAGAAGAAGCAGGCUCUACUUGGUGGUUGCGGAGUUCACGGAGGUAUGGUUGGCGUCAAGACCAAUUCAUCAAACCCAGCCUACAACACCGACGAGUAUAAGAAGACCAAGGCCAAACCGACUGGUCUCUUGGUCAAGAUUGUCAAGAACAACAAUCAAUAG